AUGUGGGUUUGGGAACAAAUAGCGAGAGAAAAACAGGUUACGGGAAGAGUUCAAAUCCAGGUAUUUUAUAAUGACGAAAGAAAAGAAUUAUCGGUAGCAGUUUUAGCAGCCGAUGAUUUAGCAUGUCACGAAGAUACCGGAUAUGGAUCAUUACCGGAAGCAUAUGCAAAACUAAGAUUAUUACCCGUGACGUCUGAUAAACAUUGCGUUAAAACGGAUGUUGCAGAACCAACUCAAAAUCCCAUGUGGAAUGCAACGCUGGAAUUUACUAACGUGCCUGGAGAAGAUUUAAUGGAUAGAACAAUAGAAGUAACACUUUGGGAUUAUUGCGCUGAUAGAGAAUCCAUUUUUUUAGGUGAAUGCACUGUUGAUUUACAAAAAGCAUUUUUAGACGAUCGACCCGUUUGGUACAGGCUCGAAGAUCCAAAACAGCUUAGAUUAUGUGACAAAUCACCAUUUGUAUCCCCUAGAGGAUCCCUUGCAAAUGAAAUAGCAUUGAGAAAAAUGAAAAGAAAUGAAUUUGCACUUUCGAGAUCUUUCUCAGAUGAUCGAGACAGCGAUGGAAGCAUGGAAUUUAAUUUUCUUCAUCCAGAUCAUGCUUGGGCAUCUGGAGGUUCCAGACGUGGUUCUUCACAAUCCGAAGGUCAUCUUGAACCGGAAGCCGUUUAUCAACUCGGACAAGAUUAUUCGAGAUCUUUACCUGGUUCUAGAAGAAGUUCUUUUCAUUCUCAAAAAGAUGAAAUGAAAGAAGAUGAACCCCCCGUGCAAAUUUACGUAAAUAAAGGACGUAGACGAAGUUCGGUCGUACGUCAAGAUCCCGAAGAAAUAUUAAGAAGUUUAAAAUCUUGUAAAGGUGACAUGUUGGGAAGACAAAUGAGUCUUUCUGGAAACGAAAAAAGAAUGUCCGUUUCUCAAAGGCGUAAGUUUAUUAUCAUUAUUAUUAUUAUUAACAACGAAAUUAUUUAA